AAAAGUCUUCUCAUAUCUCUCUAUGUGUACAUUCAUGCAUGCAUAAGAGCUGAUACAAUAAAACCCACAAAACAAAGUAGAGAAGCAUUAGUGUGUGAAGAGAUUUAAAAAGUAAAGAUGGAAAACUCAAUGAAGAAGAAGAAGAGCUUCAUUAAAGAAAGUGAUCACCAAGAUGUAGAGCUAAGAAGAGGGCCUUGGACUCUUGAAGAAGACACUCUUCUCACAAAUUACGUUCUCCAUAACGGUGAAGGUCGUUGGAAUCACGUCGCCAAAUGUGCUGGACUAAAGAGAACCGGGAAAAGUUGUAGAUUGAGAUGGUUAAACUACUUGAAACCAGACAUCAGAAGAGGGAAUCUAACUCCUCAAGAACAGCUUUUGAUCCUUGAGCUUCACUCUAAAUGGGGUAAUAGGUGGUCCAAGAUUGCACAGUACUUACCUGGAAGAACGGACAACGAGAUCAAGAACUAUUGGAGAACAAGAGUUCAGAAACAAGCUCGUCAACUCAACAUCGAAUCUAACAGUGACAAGUUCUUUGACGCUGUUCGUAGUUUUUGGGUCCCAAGAUUGAUGGAGAAGAUGGAGCAGAACUCAUCCACUACUACUUAUUGUUGUCCCCAAAGCAACAACAACAACAACUCUCUUCUUCUUCCUUCUCAAUCUCAAGACUCCAUGAUGAGUAGUACCAUACAAAAGGAUAAAGAUUUCUCGAGUCAAAACCUAAGCUUAAGCAACAUGGACAGUUCUAGUACUUCAACAUGGGCAGUUCCACACUUUAUGGAUCAUAACAACACCAAUAUCAUCGAUAGCUCCAUGUGUUUCCAUCAAGGGAAUGAUCAAGAACUGGGAGGAUAUGUCCCUAUUGGCAUGGAGAACUACUUGGGAAACUCGGACAUCUCAAUGGAAUGCCAUGUGGCGGAUGGUUAUUCAACGUACGAGGAUGUCACACAAGAUCCCAUGUGGAACAUGGAUGACAUUUGGCAGUUUAGGGAGUAAUUAAGUCGUCAAGAAGAUGAGAGGGUGGAGUCCACCAUCAUGGCUUUAUUUAAUAUGGAGUAGUGGAGUACUAUAGUUUUUUUAAAACUUUGUUACAAGUACUCAAAUACUAAUAUAUUUGUCAUUUUUUAGUAUAUGAUCAAA